AGCAGAAGCUCUGUGGUGCAGUGGGUCAGUAGGUCAUCUGCUUCAUCAGGUCCAGGGACAAAUGAGGGCGGGUCAUAACUUCCCAGAGGGUUGUCUUUUUCCCAACUAGCACAGCCUAACUGUGCCCUCCAGUGGACAGACAUGUGGACUUGUUUUUAGGUGAUGUAGUUUACAAAUAUUUUUAGUGUGUCGUGGAUAGAAACUUUGUCUUUCUUCUUUCCCCCCCUUUUUUUUUCUUUUUUUUAAUAAUGUUUACUGUCAUGGCGACACUUAGAGGGGAAAAGUCUUGCUUGUGUUUGAGUUUGAACGGCAAGAGCUGCGGCUGGAUCAGUGCAGCCGCCUUUGCGUCUCUACACUGAAGAAAGCAGCAGAAGAAGCGCCUCUGGUUGGGCAGCGCUUCAGACACACAACGUAAAGCGGGAAGGAGCAGAAGGACGACUUAUUAAGCAGAUCUGAAGAUUCUUGGAAUUACUUAUUUCACUUUUAAAGGAGCCUGUUUGCUGCUGCAUGACCUCACCUGACAAAUUACUGGAUGUGUGCAGGUCACCUAAGUUCUGGUCUGGACGAAGAGCAACAAGUACCUGCAAGGCCGCUUCCCCGGCCCAAUCUCUGUUAAUGCAAGAUGGGCAACUUUUCCACCAAGGACAACCAUGGGAACACAGGGGCACCUUUGGAGAGUUUCCACACUCCACCUUCAUCUCCUCAGAGCAGCAUUCCCCAACUUCCACUUCCUGCCACAUCACCUACUUUAUCCCCAUCACCAGCUGCAACUAUCACUUUGAGUGGGAAGAAACCACACCAAUGCUCUCCAAAGAGCCCUAUCCCCCCUCCUGACUGGAAGCCUCCUCCACCAGGUGGCCCAAGCAGCUCUGCAGUCAGUCCUGCAGUGAGCCCUGUUCUCAAGAAAACUGGCAGUAUUGUGGCAGGCAAAGGGCAAGCUUCUUCAGGGAGAAAUGGCGGCCUACCGACCCCUACAUCCAGAACUUCAGGCUCCCAAGUGAAGAGUGUGGCGGUUAGUCCUAUAAAGAGUCCUUCGUCGGUGUGCAGCGCACCACCUUCCACCAGCUCUGUGGAGCAGAGCAAGAAAGAAAGAAACAGUAGUCUGAAUGAGUCCCUUCUGCCGGGUAAUGAAGACAAACAAAGCAAAGAACUAGCAAAACUGCUGGAGGAGUGCCGGACUACACUGGGUGUUACAGACAGAAAGGAUGGGACCACAAACACAACAGAGAUACUAAAGCAACUGCUUACUGAAGUGAAAAGUUUAAAGACUACUUUGCAGACAGAACGUGGGGAAUGGCUGCAGUUCCAGGCAGACUUUCAGGUGGCCGUGUCAGUGGCUGACCGCCUGAAAGCCGAGGCAGAAGAGGAGCUUACGGUGUUAAGAAUGGCCCACAAGGAAAUUCAGAUGAAGCUGACUGCUGCUCAGCAGAGACAGAAAGAGGCUGAAAAUCAGCUCGUCACUCUACAAGGAGAACUAAAGGAAGCCAGACAAAAACUGUCUGUUUUUACCGAGGUUCAAGACAAAAUUGAAGUUCACACACGACAGGAGCUAAAGAGAUCCAAUGGAGAAUCCAAUGUCUCUGAAAGCAAAGAGGGGACCAAUCGGGGCAGGGUCAGGGGAUUGUGCAGGCUUGGGGGAGAAAGGAUGGAAAGUAAGAGUCAGAAUCUCGUAGUGAAGAAUGUUGUUGAGGACGAUUCAAUAAUAGACUCUAAAGGUAUGACUAGAAGUUCCCUGAGAAAUGUGACCAAUGAGGAUCAGGAUGGACCAGAUGUUCAGUCCAGUAAUUCACGAAGGGUAACAACUUCAGAGAGGUCAAGAAGCCUGUCUAGAUUGCCUGCGUCUUCAGACAAUGCUGCCAACCAGAAUGGAACCUUCCAGAUUAACUCCACUUCAACACUGGGGUCAACCAACAGGAACUUGGGGCAACUAAGAGGAAGAAAAAGUCUAGAUUGGCAAGAUGGCAAGUUUUCCAGUGAUGCUGGAAAACGUGAAGAGUCUCUAAAUAAGUACAACUCAGCCCUCACCGAGCUGCCACCCACAAAGUCCCAGGAUGGUUUCAACCUACUACUACGUCGCCAUGGAGGCUCAAAGAGAAACUCGCUGCUCCGCUGGUGUCAGAGCAGAACCCAAGGAUACAAGAAUAUUGACAUCACAAACUUCAGCAGCAGCUGGGCAGAUGGCCUUGCAUUCUGUGCUGUCUAUCACACCUACCUCCCUUCACACGUCCCUUACAGCAGCCUUAGUCCUGAGAACAAGCGAGAAAAUCUCAGCCUGGCAUUCAAAACAGGAGAGGCUGUGGGAAUUUCCCCAUCACUGACAGCAGAUGAGAUGCUGCGAGCUGGUGGUCCUGACUGGCAGAGGGUGCUGGGUUAUGUGGAGAGCAUCUACCAUCACUUUGAGAUGUGAUCGCAUGAGAUGCUGAGGCGAUAGACGGGGAAUAUUUUGAAGAAUGUACACAUUUUUUAUAACUUCCACCAGUUCUGCCAAAUGGUGGCAAUAGUUGAUAGUUAAUAGGCAACUUGGCAUUUUGGUCCAGAUAUAAUUAUUCUGGAAAAGGUCAAAACAACGGGUUAUUACCUGCGUUGUGUGCUUUAACAGCUACUGGCUCUUGUAAUAAAAUCAAGGAAGUGCACUAUACAAAAUAUAUGACCAAUAGUUGAAGACAAACAAAGGAUCCAAAAAUUACUUACACUUAGCGAUUUCUUAGAUAUUUAUCUUUUAAAAUGAGAAUGAUCAAUAAAGGGCUUAUUUCAUGACUUUCAGAAAUUUCUUUUGAAAUUUUCUUUCCAAAAGAUAUUCAAAAAACAUACAUUUUUCUUUAGUUCCCUAAAAUAUCAGAAAGCAAACAGAAGGCAGUCCAAAAACAAGUUGAAGAAUAAUAAAGUCAUCUGUUGGACAGUACAGAACAGAAUUGUCGAAGAGAGCAGUGAUGAGGAAGUCUUCAGAAGAAUUAAGCCUCACAUUAAGAUUAAUCUAAAGGCUCUAAAUGUGUCAAAAAUUUUGCUUUUGAAAUUUUUUCAUUUAUAAAUUAAAUAAAACUAUUUAAUUUAUAAAUUAAAUCCACAGUGCUUUGGAAAAUUGUGGAUAGGCAGAUUGCGACUUUUUAUAUUUAUUAGUAGGAUUUAAGGCUUUCCGGCACUGAUACAUGUUGAAACAUGCCCUUCAAUGUUCAAAAGCAUUGAAUAUCUUUUUUUCCAAGCAUUCUUUUGUGGUGGAUGCUAUGUUACUGUAAGUGUCUCCACACUGGUACUGUAUACUAAAAGAACUCUAAAAGCAGUUUUCCCUCUACAUAUGGUUUUAAUUGUCUAUAUGUUUUGCCUUUUGCUUUUAUAUGUGCAAAAUGCAAUAUUUACUGGACGCCAUGGUACUCUGCGGAUGUGCACUUUGGAGAUGCCAUUGCUCUACAUUACAUAUCUGGGUUCUUUUAGAGCCUUGAGGCUUCUUCCUGUUAAAAGGGAGUUAUUCCUUUCCACUAUUACCAAAUGCUUGCUCAGGAUGAGAGAUUGCUGCAAAGUUAAUAAUACAGUGCAGUCUACCAUCCACUAUCACCUCAUGGCUCAAGAGGAAGAGCUGAUGUGAAGUCAAUAAUGUAAUGGAAAUUGCUGGCCUUACUUUGAUAGAUAACCUUUGACCAGUUUGUGUCACAAAAGGGAAUUUGACUGCAAUGAAGCAACUCAGUAUGAAUCAGCAUCUGAAUUUUAACCCAUCUUUAUGAUUGAUUUGAUUUCUUUGAAUUGUAUCUGUCUAAUAUGUAAAGUGCCUUCAGAUUACAUAGUAGAGAUUAGUACUGAAUGACUUUGACUGAAGCAAGGGUUUUGUCAGGUCUAAAAUGAUCAUUAUGACCAUAUGCAACCUGAAAACCCUUUUAGUCUGCCAGUGUAAAUUUUGUACUCUGGGAUCUGAAUUACAAAAUUACUAACGUGACAAAGACAAAUACUUGCUUACACAAGCCUUUAAAUCCAGUUUCAACACCAUCACACUUCUUUCUGCUUCCUCACUAAUUCAUGCUGUUGUUGCUACAUGUCUGUUGCCAAAGAUUUAUGUGCCAAAUUUUGGAUGCUGCACUGUAAAAUAAUGUCAAUAUGUAACUAGUGUGAACAGCUUAUUCCAAAGCAAUAAAGUGUUAAAAUAUUA